AUGGCUCUUGAGUCCCUCCCCGUCGAACUGCUUGUUAUGAUAGCCCAGUGCCUGGACGCAGAAGCACUCUCGUACCUGGUCCGAGCGAACCGCACUCUCUACCACGCCCUCGUUCCGGUCCUCUACCGAGUGCACGGAGAAGACGCGCUGCGGUACACCGUGCUCCACGCGCGCAGUUACCCCCUCACACAUACACAAGAGCAGACCACCCGGCUCGCCUUCACCCACGGCGAUUUCAGCCGCGGAUGCGCGCACGGCCGGACAAUCGAGCUGGCGGCGGCAAAGGGCCUCGUGAGCGUGGUCGAAGGCCUCGUGUCGCAGAACAACCAAGAGAUCUACGAGGCGCUCGUCUACGCGGCGAGACAGCGCCACGCCGCCGUGGUGGACGUGUUGGCCCGCUACCGCGUCGACGUCCAUGCCGCCGACUUUGAGGGCUACACGGCCCUGGACUGGGCCGCUAGCUCGGGCGAUACGCCCAUCGUCGCUACCCUGGUCGCCCAUGGGGCGGAUGUCCAUCGCCGCUCCCGCCGGGGCUAUACGCCUCUCCUCCUUGCGGCGGGCAACGGACACGCCGCGACGGCCGAGUUCCUGCUCCAACACGGGGCUGAUGUUCACUGCGUCACUGAGGAGGGCAGAACUGCUCUCCAGCUUGCCAUGCGGAAUGAGCGCGAGGAGGUUGUGGCACUGCUCGAACCUCUUGCACCACGGGAGACUUCGGUGUGA